AUGUCGCUUGCCAUUAGGUUGAACACUGUCCCAUUCCCUUCUGAAAGCACUCCAUCUCCAUUAGUGCUUCGGCCAGGUCCUCUUCAUCGACGACGAGGCGUGGAUUUGGGGAUGACGCUGCAAAUGCCUGCUCCGGCUCAGUUCGGGUAUGGUUACGCUGUCGGGAACGAGACUCAUACAGUUGCAGUUACUGCGGCAGCAGCAGUGUUUAAUACCACUGAGAGAGGCAUUAACAAUAACACUUCUUCGACCACAAUUGCCGGCAACAACUUGUACAAUCCUGGUACUGGGAGACUAGGAUAUGCGUCCUCGAGUUCUGGACUCUUCGGGUCAACGGCGUCGGCCAAUGCGUCCACUACGUUGUUUUGGUCCCCUGCGUCUGCGGCAGUUGGGACGAAGGGACCAUUACAGCCUCAUGUUUCGAAUCUGCCGCGGAGGAAACCUACUGUAAGAAGAAGGGAUUGA